CCCUCUAAGCGUUGUUUAACACUAGGUAGCAAAACGUUUUCUUUGAGGCGAUAUUUUUUUGUUGUUUCUUCGUUUUUUCGGCGAAAUUUUGUUUUAAAAUUAAUUAUUUGCGGCUCACUUGCUGGCGCCCACGAUGUCCGAUGACGACGAUAUACAGUACAUUAAGCGGCAGCGCACGCUACACUAUGGAUCCCUCGAGGAAUCGGAACGCAAGCGUCAAAAUGCCGCGGCGUCUGGGGCAGCAACAGCAACAACAACGGGAACGCCGGCAUCGUCUGGUGCAGGAACAACAACAACAACAACAACAGCAGCAGGCACAGGCGGCGGCCAAUUGGAGGACAUAGAUUCCGAUGAGGAUUAUGAAGAGUCAACAAAGAAAACUAAUAACUCCAAGCAGGCGGGAGCACCUCCACCCACUGCCGCUACACUAGCAAACAAAAUCGACGAUGACUACUUUGAUCUGGAGAUGGAAAUGGAACGGGAUAAGGUGGCGCUUUUGGAGGAAUUCGAGCGCAAGAAGCGGGCGCGUCAGAUAAAUGUUUCUACGGACGACACAGAGAUCAAAAGCAAUCUGCGCCAGUUAAACGAACCGAUUUGCUACUUCGGGGAAGGACCAGCGGAGCGGCGAAGACGUCUCAAGGAACUUCUUGCAGGUCUGGGCGAACAUGCCAUUAACAGAAAACACUACGAGGAGGAAGAGCGUAAGCAACAGCAGCGGGAUCAGGAUCAGGCUACCUGGUAUCACGAGGGACCCGAUACCCUGCGAAUUGCUCGUCUCUGGCUCGCGGAUUACUCCCUGCCGCGGGCCAAGGAUCGCUUGGUGAGGGCUCGUGAGGCCCUAGAAGUGCCCAGUGCCACAAGGGCUGGACGUAUGGUGGAGAUGCAGAAGAAGCUCCAGUCCCUGGCUCCACUGUGCUCUCAGGUGGGCGACACGCGGCCCGUGAGCAGUGCCGCCUUUAGCGCCGACUCCGGUCUCCUGCUGACCUCUUCGUGGUCGGGUCUCUGUAAGCUGUGGAGCGUGCCCGAUUGUGAGCUAAAGCAGACACUGCGCGGACAUGCCAGCUAUGUGGGCGGAGUCGCUUUGCGGCCAGGAGUUAAGGCUGACGAGGAAAACGUAGUGGCCAUGGCAUCAGGAGGCCAUGAUGGCGCUGUCAAGCUGUGGGGCUUUAACAACGAGGAGUCCAUUGCUGACAUCACAGGGCAUAUGCCCCAUCGUGUCUCCAAGGUGGCCUUUCAUCCGUCCGGCCGUUUCCUGGCCACCGCUUGUUACGACUCUAGCUGGCGAUUGUGGGACCUGGAGCAGAAGACAGAGGUGUUGCAUCAGGAGGGACACGCCAAGCCGGUGCACUGCCUAAGCUAUCAUUCGGACGGCAGUGUUUUGGUGACCGGCGGACUAGAUGCCUUCGGACGCGUAUGGGAUCUCCGCACUGGGCGGUGUAUUAUGUUUCUGGAGGGACAUCUGGGCGCUGUUUUCGGCGUAGACUUUUCGCCAAAUGGAUAUCACAUUGCGACGGGGUCUCAGGACAACACCUGCAAAAUCUGGGACCUGCGGCGACGCCAGCCCGUCUACACCAUUCCCGCCCACACCAACCUGAUUUCAGAUGUGAAGUAUCAGCAGGAGUGCGGCAGCUUUCUGGUCACCUGUUCAUACGAUUCGACCACCAAGAUCUGGUCUAACAAGACGUGGCAGCCGUUGAAGACGCUACAGGGCCACGACAACAAGGUCAUAUCGGUGGACAUAGCGCCCAACUCGCAGUAUAUAGCCACAACCUCUUUCGACCGCACAUUCAAGUUGUGGUCGCCGGAUAGCUGAUUUUUUGAUACCAUUACUUUAUUGUACACGCCCGUGGGCGUACGCAGACAAUCUCCAUUUGCGAUCUGCCCGCUGGGCACGACUUACUCAUUCACUGUUUUUGUUAUUUCAGAGACAAUAGCCCAAGACAGUUCUUGCAAACAAUUCAAGUUUUCGUUUUGUAUAACACAAUUUGUUGUUUUUGUUAGGCGAAAGGCAGAUGCAGCGAUGUUGCAUUUCGUAAAUUUAAGAAUUUUUUAUUGAAAUUGUUAAUAAAAAAACACAUUUUUGGUAGAAAAGUUAA